CACCUCGCGUGCUAACACACACGCACGCACACCGCGCAGGCAGGCAGUGGCACUCGCAGCACAGCCACGGCCGUUCCACCAGGCAUGGCACAGGGCUCUACUUCAUUAUGGCAGCAGCGCGACACAGCACUCUCGACUUCAUGCUCAGCGCCACAGCUGAUUGUAAUGCCAUUUUUAAAGGUCUACAAUCCAUCUUCCAAAAGGAGGGAAUGACAGAGACUAUUCAUAACUGGGAAAAUCAUGGUUACUUAGCAACAUACGUCAGUAAAAAUGGCUGCUUUGCGAAUCUGAGAAUUUAUCCUCAUGGUUUGGUUUUGAUUGAUGUGCAGAGUUGCAAUGAUUUGAAUGAGAGAGAAGAAACAGAACAGCUUCUAAAUAAAGUAGAAGAAAAAAUGAAAGAAUUAUUUCAUAAAAGUAUCAAAAGGAUAAAGCGCUUGCCAGUCAUUAUGAGAGGGGAUGCCAUUGAUAGAUACUGGCCUACAGCAGAUGGGCGAUUGGUGGAAUAUGACAUAGAUGAAGUUGUAUAUGACGAAGAAUCAGCUUAUCAGAAUAUUAAAAUUUUACAUUCAAAACAAUUUGGAAAUAUUCUUAUCCUCAGUGGGGAUGUUAAUCUGGCAGAAAGUGACCUAGCAUAUACAAAAGCUAUAAUGGGGAGUGGAAAAGAGGAUUACACCAAUAAAGAAGUGCUCAUUCUUGGAGGUGGUGAUGGAGGAAUAUUAUAUGAAAUUGUCAAAAUGAAACCAAAGAUGGUCACCAUGGUAGAGAUUGACGAAAUGGUGAUUGAUGGGUGUCGAAAAUAUAUGCGUAAAACAUGUGGAGAUGUCUUGGACAAUCUAAAAGGAGAAUGCUAUCAGGUACUAAUAGAAGAUUGUAUCCCAGUCCUGAAGAGAUAUGCCAAAGAAGAAAGAAUGUUUGAUUAUGUAAUUAAUGAUUUGACAGCUGUUCCAAUCUCCACAUCUCCAGAAGAAGAUUCCACAUGGGAGUUUCUACGAAUGAUUCUGGACCUUUCAAUGAGAGUCUUGAAACCUGAUGGAAAAUAUUUCACCCAGGGAAAUUGUGUCAACCUCACAGAAGCCUUGUCUCUCUAUGAAGAACAGCUUGGCAGAUUAUAUUGUCCUGUGGAAUUCUCAAAAGAAGUUGUAUGUGUCCCCUCAUACAUGGAGCUAUGGGUAUUUUAUACUAUUUGGAAGAAGACUGAUAUUUGAAGCUGAAAGACUGAGCUACAUGCUGCGUGAAAUGUGUAGGCUUGCCACAUGCUUUGUCUUGGUGUCUUGACUCUAAAUUAUAUGCUGUAGAUUAUUUUGAAACUUAGUCACACUAUCAAUUGAUAAUUCUUUAAAUGGUUUUUAUUAUUUUAAUUUAAAAGCAAAUGCACAAUGUAUAUUUUGAUGAACUAGUAUGUUAUUUUUGGAGGUCAACUUAGCUAAAUUAGCAGCAAAAUUAUAGCUGCUGAAUGCACUGAACCUUUAGAAUGUGAUCAUUUUAUAAUGUUUAUUUUAGAAUUUUGAACACCAGUUUUAAAAGUCAAUAUUAGCAUUUAGUGUGAUACUGUAGAUUUUUUUCCAACAUUCAUCACUUUAAUAAUCAUGGUGUGACUUGUGCAUUUGUUGUCAAAUGAUCACUGUGCUUCCCUGAAAGAAAUUUAAGAAUAGAUGUUAUUUUUUUAAUAAUACCUUCUAACUCACUGGGAUUUUUACAACUUUUUUAUGGUGAAUAAAAUUUCAUCAUGAAAAAGUGACACAAAAGCACCAUCAUAGUUUACCAUCGUGGUAGUGUUAAAAUCUAUGGUCUUUGCUGCAUAAGAAUUAGCAUGAAAGUACUUGACCCUAGUUAUAAAAGAAAUGAAUUAUUUAGUUUCUUUUUUCAUCAUCUGUUUUUCAACUUAGAAAGAUAUAAAUUGUUCUCUUUCCACCUGUAAGAUUUACGAGCUACUUAAUAAUGAUAUAGUGUUGUACCAUUAUUGGUACACCAUUAUUGUACACCACCCAGAGUCGCUUGUUGUGAAAUGGGUGGCCACAUAAAUGUGAUUGAUUGAAUAAAUAAAUGAAUAUAGUGUUACUGAAUUAAUGACUAUGUAGUGAAAUGUCAAUCAAAAUCCGUCUGUGUAUUUAUUGUAAGUAGGGUAGAAUAGUAGAUCGAACAAGUGUUAAAACUAUGGGGUAGACUAUUUUUCCAAAUUAAAUAUGAAAAGUUGAAAUAUAUGUAAGAUUACAUGCCCUUUUUGCUUUGAUAUUGAUUCUAAUCCUAGAGGGACAAAUAUACAUUAAAAAUAGACAAUAUGCUAGAAACUCACUGUAAGGACCUGCCCCAACUGGUCCUUCAGGAAAGCAAGACUCUUAAAUCCAUUAAGUUGAAUCGAAAGAACUUUUACUGAAAGAGAAAGUGAUUGCAGGAAAGUAAGGCAGAAACUGAAAAAUCCUGCAUAAAGCACAAAGCAAUUCUUUCAGUUUCCCCAAGCCGAACCUAACCAGUCUACUGGCAGCCAAUGUGAUGUCGCAAGGCUGGAAUCUGCUGGGAGAGAGUCCACUCCAUCUCCAAAGACAAUGACUUCCAAAUUCCCAAGCAGUACAGCAAAAGCAAAAGCAUGCCAAAAUGCCAGCAAGCCUCCUUUCCCCUCCCACACUUCCAACUGAAUGGCAGGACACGAUGAUCGACCUGAUACUUUCCCUUUUAACCAAUUUUAUCUAUGAUAAAUGGGAGAUAGAUUUGUACAGCACAAGGCACGUCCCAUUUCAUUCAGUGUGGUCUGGACCUAAAACGUUUCUGGUACCAUGUUGAUCUGAGACAUUUAUGAAUCUUGUAUUUAUAUUUUGUGCCAGUAGAGCCCAACCGUAUGGAUGGGAUAAAUCUUAUUUCUUAAGUAAUCAAUUAACAUAUAUGCUAUUUGAAUAUGCAUGUGGAAGCCUAUUAGAUUAUUGGAUCGAUGUCUCCCGGUAUGUUUCUGCACAUGGUAUGAAAUUAUAUUUUUGUAAAAUCUGCGUGUACUGAUUUUUUGUUUGCUCAUUGUGUUGCUAUAAACAGAUCCUGAAAAUUGUUGAGAUAUAGUUCUUAUUGUAAUGUUGGUGCAAUAAGAAAGCAAGAAAAAAUAAAAUGUACCAUUCUUCUUCUUUUCAAUCUUAAAAAUCAUUCAAUAAAAUUAUUUUAUUGUUAAUUAAAGAAGACUGUUUAUAGACUGGCUCCCAAAACUCUUCCCUCCAUUUCUAGUGAAAGGCCAAUACACUACAUGAAGAAAUUCAGAUAUAAUUUCCUGAUGUAGUUAAGAGAAGAUAGUCUAUUCCAUGAUAAUCUGAUAGGCACUGAAUUUUAUAAACACUGGAAUUUACCACAUUGAAGUUGUCAUAUACUAACAAACUAGACAUA